UGCACACAGUGUCUGUUACAUAGCCUAUGCAUCAUAUUUCGGGUGAGACAAGGUAUAUAAGCUGGUGAGAGUCGCUGGGGGCUUUACUGCAGUCACCAGAUUCAUCUGAGCGAAUCCACUCUAGUCUUAGCCAGACCCUAAGUUAAAAAAUGGCAUUCGCCGGAGUCCUGACCGAAGCUGACAUCACUGCAGCCCUUGCAGCUUGCCAAGCUGCCGACUCCUUCAAGCACAAGGACUUCUUUGCUAAGGUCGGCCUGGCAGCCAAGUCCGCCGAUGAGAUCAAGAAGGCCUUUGCCAUCAUUGACCAGGACAAGAGUGGCUUCAUUGAGGAGGAUGAGCUGAAGCUGUUCCUGCAGAACUUCUCUGCCAGUGCCAGAGCUCUGACUGAUGCUGAGACAAAGGCAUUUCUUCAGGCCGGUGACUCUGAUGGUGAUGGCAAGAUCGGAGUUGAUGAGUUCGCUGCCAUGGUCAAGUCUUAAAUGAAUGAACUGACCAACUGACUGACUUCACAACUCUAAAGGAACAACUUGAAUCAAGACAUCCUUUUCCUCUCUUCUUCUCCUCUUCCCAUUCACUCUCUCUCUCUCUCUGUCUCUCUUCAGUUCUCCACACCACUUUUAUACACUCAACCUUUCACCCCUGACCAUGGACAAACUGCUCCCUUUCUUUCUUUCUCUGGCAGUGCAGACCCCAAUGUUGUCCACGAUGAAUGUAACCAACUAAGUGUAUAGCGUGGUUGACUCGUGUCUUUCUCUCUCUCUCUCUCUCUCACUUCUGUCGUCGUUUUACUGUGACUUCUGCUUUCUGUGAGAUCAGUGAUGAUGCACUUUUAGGGCAAACGGACGGACGAUGAGAAAACAAUAAAGGUUCUUUUUUCAGUAA